AUGCUUUCGAUCCACGAGCUCAACAAAUCCUGCGGCGUCAAUCUUGCCGCCCAAGCCAAAGCUCGGAAGCAAGCCGGCGAGGCCAUGUUCGGGCCGCUUGAUGCCGAAACCUGGGCGCCAUUGAAGGCCUCGGCCAAGGCAGCCGUGCACACCUCGCUCUUCGCUGACGUCGCGCUAGAACUUAGUGGCGGCUUCAAGCAUCCGACAGCUUUCACCUUGAGCUCACCUUCAUGCGCCAACCCAUGGGCCAUGCUCGAGACACUCUUGGCACGGUACCUGGGCCGGUUUCUGAAGGGCUUCUCGCCUGAACAGAUCUCCGCGCGGUUGCUGUCUGGGUCCGUGAGACUCAAGGAGAUAGAGCUCGACUUGGAGGCCAUCCAUGAGCUGCUGGUCGCGCAGCUGCCCGCCACCCUGGAGCUCCGGAGGGUGAGGUGCGAGGCCAUCUACCUCAAAGUCCCGUGGAAGCGGCUCCGGCGGAAGCCCGUGUUUGUGGAGCUAUCUGACGUCUGCGUUGAGGUGAAGGUGCAUAGCGCCACUCCGGAGCUGCUGGAAGCCCAGGCAGAGCGACAAGCCAAAAGCUUACCGGAGAAGAGCGAGCUGGCUGUUGGAGAGGAGGACGACGAGGAGGAUCUGCGAAAGAGCGUUGAGUCGCAGCUGAAGGUGGGCCUAAAAGAGGUGAUCGGGGAUGGCGUUCAGGUCGUUGUGAACGGCCUGCAGCUGCGCCUGUGGCCCUCACAUUCCGAGGACGAGACGCCGUCGUCUUUGCCGCUGCUCUCGCUGCAGUUGGAGGCCUUCCAGACCUUCCCUUGUACCAGCGCUGGGGAGAAGAUCGACUGUCCGCAGGACGUGCAUGAGUUCUGCGAUCCCUGUGCCAGACUGUUUCGCAUGGUCUCGGUGCGAGGUCUUCGAAUCGAAGCGCUAAGCCGCCACGGCGCGCGAGGCGCUGUGGUGGUUCAUGAUGAUUCUGGAGGUGAUCUCCGUGUGUGUAUUGAGCAAAGGCGAUGGUGUGGCUUCAUCCCGCAGCACCGCUCAAGACGUGUUUGCCCUUUCAGUAGCGAGAUGACCAUCUCGGUGAAGCUAACGCAUCUGUCACUGGCCGUCCCAGAGGCACCGCUGCUGGCAGUAUGCUCCGCUGUGAUCGACUUGAUAAAAGGCAUUCCCAAAGCAGCGGCAGUGGAGGUGCCUGCAGAUCUUUCACAAGUUGUGGCAGCUUCGACCAUGUGGUCCGAGCCGGCACCGGGGCGUUCUGGAGCCGAAGGCUUGGCCUGGCGAGAGCAGCUGGUGAGCAGACGACUGGUCAGCUUGGUCACCUUGGAGCUCACACUGACGCAGUGCGAGGCCACAUUGAUCCCCGAAGGCUCAGCGAAUGCACUUCAAGUGCAGGCAGAAGAUUUUCUGUUCGCGUUGGACAUGGUGAACUCCCUGGAUGCUUUCCGGCUGCGCUGUUUGGACGAGCUGAACCUGCGAGAUGCCGGCAGCACAGGAGGCGAUUCCAAGCAAUUUUGCCUUCAACGUAUCUUCGGCAUCACACUUGGCGCUGCUGCAGCGACGUGGGGCAGCACUCAACAAGGCCCGGAGGGGGAGCGCCAGGAGAGCCGACUUCUAUCCUUGGGCCCAGUGGCCGGUCCAUGCCUGAACUUUCGAUGGAAGGAUACGCCAGCCUUGGGUGCUGCUGACGAGAGCCGACAGCCAAUUGAGGGCUGCAUCCGUACUGUGCGGCUUCUCCUAGACAUCGAUGCCGUCAACGCUGUAGUCGAGACGGUGAUGAAGGUCGUCCAGCCCUUCACAGAGAUCCUGGAGCCGCCGCCCUUUGCCUCCAGCUGGUGCCGGGUGCAGCUCCACGACCUUACCGUCGACCUGGCCCCAGUACAGGAGUUCCCCUUCCCUUCGAAACUGAACCUGCCGUCGCUGCUGUUGACCAGCCUCUCGGGCUUGGGUGAGCUCUUCACCGCCCUCGAGACCCUGCCCUCCAGGCAUGUUUGGAGUGGCCGCCGCCGCGAGGGGGGAGGAGCUGGCUCUGAGCCACAGCAGGGUGAGCGAGCUGCCGACAGAAACUUCGACUCCAUGCACUUGGGCAUCCCCGUGCGCAGCACGCAGCGUCCCGGAGCAUGGGCAGCGAGGCAAGCUCACAAUGGAGACUACGUUCCUGUUGACUACGACGAGCUCGUGGAGAUGCUCCGAGCACACAUCUCUGCGCGUGCACUGGAGACUGUGCUGGAUGCCGCACAGCACGAGCUGGCGGAGGAGAAAGCAGGAGGAACCGGCGAUGCUGCUGAGGCUGCGCUUAGCCAGUCGCCCACAGCUUCUCCCAGAACCUUGGCCUCGAUGGUAACGUCAAGGGUGACAGGUUUUUGA